CGGCCCGCAUGGCGGCGGGUGCACGCGCGGCGGCCGGCCGGCGGUCGCAAGCCACCAUGGCGCCGUGGAGGAAGAAGAAGGGGCUCCGGAAGCGCCGAAGCGGGGGCUCCCAGGCCCCCGACAGUGACUCUGAGGACGGCGAGUUUGAGAUCCAGGCAGAAGACGAUGCCCGGGCGCGGAAGUCAGGCCCUGGCCGAGCGCUGCCCGUGUUCCCCGCCCCAGAGUGCACCUCGGACGUUGAGCCAGACACCCGGGAGAUGGUGCGAGCCCAGAACAAGAAGAAGAAGAAGUCUGGAGGCUUCCAGUCCAUGGGCUUGAGCUACCCUGUGUUCAAAGGCAUCAUGAAGAAGGGCUACAAGGUGCCCACACCCAUCCAGAGGAAGACCAUCCCAGUGAUUCUGGAUGGCAAGGAUGUGGUGGCUAUGGCCCGGACCGGCAGCGGCAAGACGGCCUGCUUCCUCCUUCCCAUGUUUGAGCGGCUCAAGGCUCGCAGCGCCCAGACAGGAGCCCGGGCCCUCAUCCUCUCACCCACUCGGGAGCUGGCCCUGCAGACCAUGAAGUUCACCAAGGAGCUGGGCAAGUUCACCGGCCUCAAGACUGCAUUGAUCCUAGGCGGGGACAAAAUGGAAGACCAAUUUGCUGCCCUGCAUGAAAAUCCUGACAUAAUCAUUGCUACCCCAGGGCGGCUGGUACACGUGGCCGUGGAGAUGAACCUGAAGCUGCAGAGUGUGGAGUAUGUGGUUUUCGAUGAAGCGGACAGGCUCUUUGAAAUGGGAUUCGCUGAGCAGCUCCAGGAGAUCAUUGGCCGCCUCCCUGGUGGCCACCAGACGGUGUUGUUUUCAGCCACACUGCCCAAGCUGCUGGUAGAGUUUGCGCGGGCAGGCCUCACAGAGCCCGUGCUUAUUCGAUUGGAUGUGGACACCAAGCUCAAUGAGCAGCUUAAGACCUCCUUCCUUCUUGUGCGAGAGGACAUCAAGGCCGCCGUGCUGCUCCACCUGCUGCGCAAUGUCGUGCGGCCUCAGGACCAGACUGUGGUGUUUGUGGCCACGAAGCACCAUGCAGAGUAUCUCUCAGAGCUACUGGCGGCCCAGGGCGUAAGCUGUGCCCACAUCUACAGUGCCCUGGACCAGACAGCCCGCAAGAUCAACCUGGCUAAAUUCAUACAUGGCAAGUGCUCCACACUCAUCGUGACCGACCUGGCCGCCCGGGGCUUGGACAUCCCACUGCUGGACAAUGUUAUCAACUACAGCUUCCCUGCCAAGGGCAAGCUCUUUUUGCACCGUGUGGGCCGUGUGGCCCGAGCUGGCCGAAGUGGCACGGCCUACUCUUUGGUGGCCCCAGACGAGGUCUCCUACCUGCUGGACCUGCACCUGUUCUUGGGCCGCACCCUUGUCCUUGCCCGAUCCUACGAGGAUCCCUCAGGUGCAGUGGUUGGAGAUGGUGUGCUGGGCCGAGUGCCCCAGAGCGUUGUGGAUGAUGAGGACAGCAGCCUGCAGACCACCCUGGCAGCGUCACUGGACCUGCGGGGCCUGCGCCGCGUGGCUGACAACGCGCAGCAGCAGUACCUGCGCUCGCGGCCCGCACCUUCGCCCGAGUCCAUCACAAGAGCCAAAGAGCUGGACCUGGCGGGGCUCGGCCUGCACCCGCUCUUCAGCUCCCGCUUUGAGGAGGGUGAGCUGCAGCGCCUGCGGUUGGUGGACAGCAUCAAGAACUACCGCGCCCGCGUGACCAUCUUUGAGAUCAACUCCUCCAGCCGGGACCUGAGCAGCCAGGUGAUGCGUGCCAAGCGGCAGAAGCACCACAAAGCCAUUGCCAGCUUCCAGCAGGGCCGGCAGGAGAGGCAGGAAAGGCCAGCUGGCCCCGCCUUGCCAGUGGAGCAGCCUGAGGAGGAGGAGGAGGAGGAGGAAAAUGUGGAGGACAUCUUCACAGAGGUUAUGGGCCAGAAGCGACAGAGGCCAGGACCCAGCCAAGGAGCCAAGAGGCGGAGGGAGGAGGUCCGGCAGCGGGACCAGGAGUUCUUUGUCCCCUACCGGCCUAAGGACUUUGACAGUGAGCGAGGACUGAGUGUCAGUGGAGCUGGGGGCGCCUUUGAGCAGCAGGUGGCUGGUGCUGUCCUAGACCUAAUGGGGGACGAAGCACAGAAACUGACCCGAGGCCGGCAGCAGCUCAAGUGGGAUCGGAAAAAGAAACGGUUUGUGGGACAGUCAGGACAGGAGGACAAAAAGAAGAUAAAGACGGAGAGUGGCAGCUACAUCAGCAGCUCCUACAAGCGGGACCUCUACCAGAAGUGGAAACAGAAACAGAAAAUCGAUGAUCGAGACUCAGAGGAGGAAGGGACAUCUAACCAUCGAGACCCUGUGCGGAGGGGUGGGAAGCGAGGGCGUGGCCAAGGUAUGUCCCAGCCCCGGGCACCAGGUGCCCUGGCAGGCCCCAUGCGCUCCGAGCUCAAGACCAAGCAGCAGAUCCUGAAGCAGCGGCGCCGCACCCAGAAGCUGCGCUUCCUGCAGCGCGGGGGCCUCAAGCAACUCUCGGCCCGCAACCGCCGCCGGGCCCAGGAGCUGCGGCAGGGCGCCUUCGGCCGCGGCGCCCCUUCCAAGAAGGGCAAGAUGAGGAAGCGGAUGUAAGGACAAUUGUUUGCCCAUGUGCAUCGAGCAGUGCCCUACCAGACCCGCUGUCUGCGGAAAGCAGUGCUGUAUGGCCCCAGAUGGGUGUGCCAGAGACGUGCGGGCCCUCGGUGCACAGGAGCCUGCCAGCCAAGUGAGGCAGGUCGAGAGCUGAGCUGCCAGUUCGGCCGCUGCCGCAGCCUUGUGUUCAGGGUUCAGAGGAGGGGCCACACGGGUCUGGGCCUGGCUGCCUCUGGCCCUGUGUUAGGUUUUGGUGUAAUAAAUUCUGAGUACUUUGGUG